CCAUCCAAAUUCAGCUCCGUUCUCUGAUUUUCAGAGAUGAGCUUUUCUAAACCUUUACUUCCACGUCUUUGACAGAUACUGCUUCUUCUGCCGGAGAACAGUUUCGUUAACUCUGUGACUGUACAAUCCUAAGGAAACUUCAGUUAUGAUCCACUCAAGAGCUUACUUGUUGUUGGAAAGAGAAUUUCAGGAAUAUAAAAACUCCCGCAUCUUUGGUAUUUCUGUUACACCUGUAGAAGAUAACUUCAUGGAAUGGGUUGCUGAGAUCCAAGGACUAAAGGAUUCUCUAUGGGAAGGAGCUGUACUCCAAUUAACAAUGAAGUAUACUGAAAAUUAUAACAGAGUACCUCCGAGCAUCAGUUUCACCACUAUUCCUUUUCAUCCCAAUGUGGACCCAAUGUCUGGGAGACCUUGUGUGGAUUUUCUAUAUGAUCCUGCCAAGUGGAACACAAAAUUAACAAUGAGUAGUAUCCUGCUUAGUAUCCAGGUUAUGCUGUCUAAUCCAAUUCUGGACAAUGCAGUAAAUAUGGAGGCAGCUACAAUGCUGAAGAACAAUAUUUCCCUGUAUAGAAAAAGAGUUAUACAGUGUGUUACCACUAGCCAGCACCUAGAAGCUGUUGCUAGCACAGAACAGAAGCCUGUAACUUCAAUCAAAUUUUAUAUUGCACCUGAAGAAUCUACUUCUGAACAACCAAGAAAUAUGACAAGUAUAUCAUAUGAAGAUUAUUAUUUGACAUGGUUUCAAAUAGCAACAUCGAGAACAGAUGGAGAAUUUAAAAGAACAGUGUUUGACGACCCAGACUUCAUAGCAAACCAGUAUGAAUGGAUGGCAGCAAAUGUGAAUAAAGGUGAAUGGGAUGCAGAUAUACAUAGAAUACUUCUCUCUGAACUUACUGAAAAACGGAAGAACCCAAAAAUAUUUGAAAUAAGAGAAAAUAUUCCAACUCCAGCACCAUCUGAGUAUGAAAAACUUGUUACAUCAAUACAUACGAUUCAGGAAGAUGAGCACUGGGAGCAAGAAGUAGAAGAUUUAGUAACCUGGUCCCGCACUCUUGGUUAAGAAAGAUGAGACUGAACUACAGUCUUAAGUAUGUUGUUGACGUGAUAAUAUUUAUUUGUAAUAGAACCAAAUGUUUCCUCACUA